UUGUUAGUACAUAAGAGAGCAGGCUCAUCUAUAGAAAUUAUAACAAAUAAAUUAGUACGCAAUGUCGAAAUUAAUUUCAUACGCUACCAAGCACACUAUGCGUAAUACGCGCCUUGUUGCUAACCCAAUUUGUCAGCAUGUAGCCCGGGAUCUCGUUCAGAUGGGCGCAUCGACAGCCGCACGUAACUCAUAUUCGACUCUGGCCGUCGGGCCAACCAAUCAGCCGGUGCUCCGGCCAGCUGGAGUUGCAGUUCCGGUGCUGGGCCACAUGGUAAAGCGCAGCAUGUUUAUUCAGACCCAGGAUACACCGAAUCCGGACAGCUUGAAGUUCUUGCCCGGUGUGGAAGUGCUGGGAAAAGGAAAUACGUACGAUUUUCCCAGUGCCGCGGCAGCUCAUUGUAGUCCGUUGGCUAAGCUACUGUUCCGUGUGGAAGGUGUCCGUGCUGUAUUUUUUGGCGGCGACUUUAUUACCAUAUCCAAGGAAGAAUCUGGAGAAUGGGGCCUUAUAAAGCCUGAAGUUUUUGCAAUCAUCAUGGAUUUCUUUGCCAGCGGCUUGCCCAUACUGCACGAGGCACGGGCCAAUGCAGAUACCGAGAUUCUGGAGGACGACGAUGAGACGGUUAUGAUGAUUAAAGAGCUGCUCGACACGCGCAUCCGACCAACAGUGCAGGAGGAUGGCGGCGAUAUUGUCUUUAUGGGCUACGAGAACGGCGUUGUAAAGCUGAAAAUGCAGGGAUCGUGCUCAUCCUGCCCGAGCUCGAUCGUAACUCUCAAGAAUGGCGUUCAAAACAUGCUUCAAUUCUAUAUACCCGAAGUCGAGUCCGUUGAGCAGGUGUUUGACGAAGCUGACAAAAUGGCAAACAAGGAAUUCGAGCGCUUUGAAAAGAGUUUAAAGCAAAAAGAGUCAACUAAUGCACCCGUCAGCAUUGGUGGUACACCAAAUUAAUAGUCUUGAUUGUUACUAUCUUUAGUAGGCUUAGAACCAAAUAUGUUUACAUAAAUAUUUGCUUAUAAAGUUUAAAAAAUGUA